CGCUGCGCGUGCAUCAACUUAGUCCUUCAAAAGAGAAGUUGUUUUGAAAACGCCAGUGUUCAAAUACACACAGUCCAGAAACAGCACAUCGGCUUUUAUUCAUAUAACUCUCUGACCAGAAGGCCAGCCGGGUUGUAUCAUCGAUCGACUUAAUGCUGUGCCCUUAGGCCAGCAUUUCAAAUGAACAUGUCUCUUGCUCAAAGAGUCCUCCUGACAUGGAUCUUCACACUUAUAUUCCUUAUUAUGCUAGUCCUGAAGUUGGACGGGAAGAUCUUUUGGAGCUGGUUCCUCAUCUUCCUUCCUGUCUGGACCUUUGAUCUUAUUCUCCUCCUCAUGCUCAUUGUCAAAAUGGCAGGCCGCUGCAGGCCGGGCUUUGACCCUCGCAACGGGGCGGAGAACUUGAAGAAGCGCGUGUGGUACCUCGUGGCCAUGCUGCUUAAACUGGCAUUUUGUCUGACGCUCUGUGCCAAAUUAGAUGGCCUAAUGGACAUCUUGGUGAGCUCGGUUUGCAUCCCUCUGUGGGCACUGCUCAUCGGAGCUAUGGCGGAACUGGGCUACAACGUUUUCCACUUCAGAAGAGACUGAACAUAUGAACGGUAUUCUUUGAAAGCCAGCAGAAGUCUUUACUGUAUUCUUCAGGAAUAAAGUUAUCUUGAAAGUAGAUGUUAUUCACAAAGAAGGGAAUAUAUAACGGACAAUAAGAAUGUACAGCUGUUUCGAGCUCUUUAUCAGGAAUUGCUUGUUUCUUUCAGGCUCAAGAGUGACUACGCUGAAUAGCCUACGUUUCAUGUUAACAGUGAUGCAGGGAGGGUUACAUAUUUUGGCUCAGUGGUGAGUUUCCCCUCGGGGGACUGAAAUGACUGAUUGUGAAUGUUGCUCAGAAUAUUUAUUGCAUUUUAGUGAAACACUGAGAUCAUUAGCGGCAUACCAUAAUGGACAUUUGAAAAAUAAGCGUUAACGUGCUGCAUACACACUGUUUGUUCAACCAGUACUGUAACACAACAUGGUUUGCUUACAGAAAAGACAUGCAUUCUAUAAUAAUGGUGUAUAUUUAUGAAUCUGCGUUUCUUUAUUAUACACUUAUGUUUUGCUUUGCAGAACUUACAUAAUAAAUGUUUACAAAAUGUAAUUUUAAUUUUCUCCUGUGCAGAGUGUGUAAAUAAUAAUAAAAAGUAAUAACAGCAUUCUUGUAAUUAAAAGAUACAUGUUUAUCUUCUUUAUAACAAGUAUGUUCAGUAAGUGCACAGUCAUUAUAUUUACAAAUGUUUCAAAGAUCAUGCGGAAAAGGUGUUACAAUUCAGCAGGGAGCAAAAUGAGUAUUUCUAGAAGAAAUUUAGCAAUUUAUUCAUUAGUUAAUUUUAUGACCCUCUUUUUUUAACUGAAAUUGACAUUUCCUCUUAGAAAGAGUCGUCUGUCUUUUUGGGGUGUACAUACAUACAAUGUUAGAAAAUAACACUUAUUGUUAUUUCAAAAUUCCUACAAUGUACAAUGAAAAUAAUUACAGAUGCUUUUAUUCAGCUGGUAAAAUCCAGCUAUUUGUAUUUAAAAAAAUAAAAUAAAAAUAAAAAAACAGGCAUCUGAAAUUCUGCAAAUAUCCAUGUAAACAUAGUCAUGGAUUGGCCCAGAC